AUGGCCAUCUCAGAGGAUCGAGGUCACCGCCUUGCCUCUGUCACCGGUACAGCAACGUCGGAUAGCACCUCGAAGGAGGCGGCUUCGUCUUCGAAUGCCCCGACAGUCUCCUACGCCGGCCCCUUACACUCCUUCAACCAUGGCCGCGGCUUGACCAAGUCCCAUGCUGAGGGCAUCCCGCCCAUGUCCAAAGCCCGCCGCAUCGCCCUCGUGGCCACGCUGACAGGCGCAGCUUUCCUGAACACUCUCUCAAGCCAGAGCGUCGUCAUCAUUCUGCCCAGCAUCGGAAAGGAGCUCGACAUCCCCGAGAACCGCCAACAGUGGAUCGUCUCAGCGUACUCUCUAGCCUUUGGUUGCUUUCUCCUGCUCUGGGGUCGCGUUGCCGAUAUCCACGGCAAGCGUCUCGUCUUCAUUCUCGGAUCCGCUUGGGUCACUGUCGUCACAGCCGCCAAUGCAUUCGUCCCCAAUGAGAUUGCCUUUGACAUCUUCCGCGCGCUUCACGGUCUGGGUGCAGCCGCCAACGUUCCGACUGCGAUUGGAAUCCUCGGCGUCGUAUUCCCACCAGGCAAGGCCAAGAACUAUGCCUUUAGUUGCUACGCCGCCGGUUCACCGCUUGGUAAUGCCUUCGGCAACAUCUUCUCUGGCCUCGUUGCCCAGUACUCCAAUUGGAAAUGGGUCUUUGGCGUCUCCGCCAUCAUGGCAGGGGCUGCUACCGUUGCCGGACUCGUCUUCAUCCCUCCGACUCCCUCACUUGAGAGCUCCUGGGACAAGGGCGGCGGCGGCGGUCCGAGCCCCAUCAACGUCAAGCCGUCUAUCGACUGGCUAGGCACCUUUCUCAUCACCGCAGGGCUCCUGGCUCUGAUGUACGCUCUUACGGAGGGCAAUGUCGUGGGUUGGUCAGUGCCAUGGGUUCCCGUCGUCAUUGUGGUCUCUCUGACCACCAUUCUCGUGUUUGGCGUCUGGCAGCGGUAUCUGGAGCAUCGGAAGAGCACAGCCGGGACCUCCUUGCCCCCUCUUAUCAAGGUCUCCAUCUUCGCCAACGUUCGCUUCACCGCUGCCAUGGUCGCCACAGGUCUCUUCUUCGCCUCAUUCAACACCUUUGUGAUUUUUGCCACGUACCACUUCCAGAACUAUGAGGCGUUAUCUCCGCUACAAACCGCGUUGCGAUUCAUACCCCUAGGCGUUGGCGGCGCCUUCGCCAACCUCAUCGUCGCACAGCUGCUCCACCGCGUACCAGCCAUCUUCCUCCUGCUCUGUGGCACAAUCGCCGCUUCGUCUUCGUCUCUGCUCUUUGCUGUGCCCAUUCCACCCGGGACAUCCUACUUCGCUUACGGCCUGCCCGCGAUGCUGCUCUCCUCCAUCAGUGCCGACACUUUGUGGCCAUGCCUCACACUCUUCACUUCUCAAACACUGCCGCGCGAAGAUCAGGCCAUUGGUGGUGCCCUCAUCAAUGCCGUCGGUCAGCUCGGCCGUGCUCUGGGACUGGCCAUCAGCACAGCUGUUCAGACAGCGGUUAUGGCGCGAGCCCGCGGCGUUCCCGUCAAAGACGCAGGUGGCAUGGAGGCCUGGGAGCCGACCACCCUCAGAGGUCUCCGCGCCGGUAGCUAUAUGAACUUUGGGCUUGGCAUUGCUUCUCUCAUCGUCGUCGCCGCGGCGUUCUGGAACAUGGGCAUCAUUGGCAAAGCUGAGACUACAUCGUCGCAUCAGGCGGCUGCUGGCGGCACUCGGGAUGUCGAGCGUGGCGAAGCCACGUCGUCGUAA